AUGACUGUUUUCUUUGAUUCAGAACAAGGUGCGUAUGAUUUUUAUAAUGCAUAUGGAGGAAGAAUGGGGUUUAGCAUAAGAAGGGAUUAUUCUAGGAAGAACAAGUUCACUGACCAACUUAUUGCUAGACUUUUGGUUUGCAACAAGGAGGGAUUUUGGAAGGUUGACAAGCGAGACCCAUUGACAAAAAACCUUAGAGCUGAAAGUAUGACUGGUUGUGAGGCUCAACUUUAUGUCAAAUUAGAUAAGGAAAGGGUACUUAAUGAGAAGCAAUACAAGAAGUUAGAAGUAGGAUAUGCUUUAUGCCAAAGGUUGCCAAAGGUGAAAGCGGCAAUAAUAAUGUUAAUUCAAAUGGGUAAUGUGUACACAAAAAAGAUUUUUGAGGAGUUCCAAAUUGAGUACUUUCGUUCCAUUGAAUCGGACAUAGAAACAAUUAAAUCUAGCGAGGCUUGUACUAUAUACACAGUUGUUGAUAUUGUUGGGGAAACAUGCAAGGAAAGUGAAGAUGGAGAGGGAUGGCUCUUUGGGUUGUAG